GAUUGGCUGGCUAUAAAAGCCACCGCCUGCGAAGAUCACCCAACCAGUGUGGAAUAUACAAGCCCAGAAACCAGCAAGAUGUUCAAGCUAUCGCUCUGCCUUCUCGCCGCCCUGAUGCUGGCCAAUGUCUAUGCGGAUAACAUCAACAAGGACGCCGUGAUCACCCGCGAGGAGAACGAUCCCUCCGACGCCGAGGGCAGCUACAAGUACGCCUUCGAAACCAGCAAUGGCAUCCAGCAGCAGGAGGCCGGCAACGCCAACGGAGUCUCGGGAAGUGCUUCUUUCGUCUCGCCCGAGGGCAUUCCAAUCUCGCUGACCUACAUUGCCGACGAGAACGGAUUCCAGCCCCAGGGAGAUCACCUUCCCACCCCUCCCCCAAUUCCAGAGGCCAUCCUCCGCGCCCUGGAAUACAUCGCCGCCCACCCCCCAGCGCAGCAGUAAGCCCGAAUUAAAUACCCAUUUAAGGCCUAGUCAGUGCUCUUACGGCUAAAAAUGAGUUAUACCUAGUUCUAAAAAGUCUGUACAUAAUAUCCCCAAAAAAAAAAACAAACAAAACAAACAAAAAAUACGCUAAAAACUUCCAUCAAUAAACACACAGCCAUGCUGAUCAUUUGAACAGAG